AAGACGACAUGAUGAUUACAAUUAAGAUGACUUCACAGAGUGGAAGUCAACAAGAACAAGAAAGUUCUGAAAAAUCCUCAGUGCAGAAUUCAAAUGACGAGAAAAGUUCGAAGAAAAGCACGCAGAAAGAGAUCGAAGCUAUUUUCAACACAGGGUAAUCAGACUCAAAAUGACCUCAUCAAGGACCUGGAAAAGAGGAAGUUUGAGAAGAUUAUUAACACUGUCAAGAAGGGAGGCAGCCUCUUGAUGACCCUUAAUCAUGACUUUAAGGAGUCAGAACAUGUCUCUGUCAGCAACUCUGGCACAGUGUACUACUGCGCAGUUCCUGAAUUCAUCAAAGACCAACAGAAGUAUUCCGAUGCUAUCAAUAAAGAAAUCGAGAGCAAGGAAUGGAUCAACCAGCAAUUUAACAUUGACGAUUAUGACUUAGAAAAUGUGUAUGAAAACAUGCUCAAAUGGGACUUAGAUCACCAAGUCCUCAGAUGUAUCCGUAGGAGAAGGGCCAAUAUUGAUGUCAGGAAGAUCAGGAGACAACAGAAGUUGAAGAAGCUCAUGUCUCCCGCUCCGAAGAUUAGUAAGACAUUGGCCAUCCUGAAGAAGUACGGCGUUCAUUACUAAUACUAGAAAUAUGUUUUUCAA